AUGGAGCAGGACCCGGAAAUGAAGGGUGGUCCUUUCGACCUGAACCGACGUGAGCAUAGCAGGAAUGGUUCUGGAAUCCAGCGGUCUGUGAGAAAUGCUGUUGUAGUAACUCUUUUGGUCGCCUCUUUAUUGAUAUUUUAUGAUAUGCUUUUUGGUGGAUCUAUACGAAAGGAGUUUUGGAUAUGGACAGAUGGAAUUUAUGGAAGUAAAGGGCAUGAGCAGGAUGGUAGUUCGAAGGGAAGCCAGUACUUACUGGGAGUUGGGAAAGCAGAUAUCACCGGUCCAGUCGUAGAGAUCAACAUGAUGGGGUAUGCAGAUCCCAAGCAAUUAGGAUCGGGAUUACGGCAACGUCUCUACUCUCGAGCGUUUAUCGUAGGCGAUAUCAAUCGUCCGGAGGACCGUUUCGUCUAUCUCGUUUUGGAUACACAAUCCGGGGAUACUGCCGUUAGGUAUGGGAUACUAGAAGGUCUGGCAAACCUCGGUAGCGACUAUGCUGUGUAUGGACAACAGAAUGUAGCUGUGGCAGGCACGCAUUCUCAUUCGGGUCCUGGGGCGUGGUUAAACUAUCUACUGCCUCAGAUUACCAGCAAAGGGUUCAGUAAACAAAGUUAUCAGGCUAUAGUAGAUGGUGCUGUUUUGUCUAUUCAAAGAGCUCAUACUAGCCUUCAACCUGGAUACCUGAAUAUCGGUACGACGAAAGUCUUUGGGGCCAAUAUCAAUCGGAGUUUAUACGCCUAUUUGGCGAAUCCGGAGAAUGAACGAGCUAAGUACAAUACUAGUACCGAGGACGACGGAUCUGUCGAGAAAGACCUUACUCUGUUGAAAUUCUCACGAGCUUCGGAUGGGAAGAAUAUUGGGGUUUUAACAUGGUUUCCCACACAUGGAACUUCGAUGCUAGGGAACAAUACCCUGAUUUCGGGAGACAACAAAGGUGUCGCUGCAGAUCUUUUCGAAAAAAGUGUAAAUAAGGAGGAAAAUGCAGCUGGAAGUUUUGUAGCCGGAUUUUCACAAGCUAAUGUUGGCGACACAAGUCCGAACGUUCUUGGUGCUUGGUGUGAAGAUGGAUCUGGGCAGCAAUGCAGCUUCGAAAACAGUACCUGUAGUGAUGGUAAGAGCCAGUAUUGCCAUGCCCGUGGGCCGCUCUUCCGCGUAAAAGAUAAUGGAGCAUCAUCUUGUCACGAAGUUGGCAGGAGACAGUUCCAGCCUGCCAAAGAGUUAUAUGACGAGACCGACACAAAGUUGACCCCUGUUUCCGGAUUAUCGGUGAAAUCAUUUCAUACAUUUCAAGACAUGUCCAACUUCUCCUUUCCAUUGGCAAACGGGAGCUACGUUCAUACGUGUCCGGCUGCUUUAGGCUAUUCCUUCGCGGCCGGUACCUCAGAUGGACCAGGUGCGUUUGACUUUACUCAAAACGACCCGAAUACACCAAAUGCCUCGCCCGUAUGGCAAGUCGUCUCCGGUCUCCUCAAGGCACCAAGCAAGCAGCAGCAGCGUUGCCAUUAUCCCAAGCCUAUUUUACUUGAUGUUGGCGAGAUUACGACGCCUUAUUUGUGGACACCUAAUGUCGUUGAUGUGCAAGUGCUUCGGGUUGGGCAGUUACUUAUAAUUGUCAGUCCUGGCGAGGCAACCACAAUGUCCGGUCGUCGCUGGAAAGAAGCUAUUCACGACUCCGCUGCAUCAACCAUACUUUCCGACUCUUCCUCCGCAGAUCCCAUAGUCGUCAUCGGUGGUCCAGCAAAUAGCUAUACACACUACAUUGCUACACCUGAGGAAUAUGGCAUCCAACGCUAUGAAGGCGCCUCCACUCUCUACGGUCCCUAUACUCUUAACGCCUACAUUAACCUCACCCUCACCAAUCUUCCGUACCUAAGUACCACCUCAAACUCUCAACCUCCUCUAGGCCCUCUUCCCCCAAACAAUGUCAACAAAUCCCUGUCCUUCAUAACCGGCGUCGUCUACGAUGGUCACCCGCUCUUUACUUCCUACGGCGAUGUAAAAAUCGACGUUCUCCCCAAAUAUCCCCUUUCCUCCUCCCCAAUCAUAACCGCCACUUUUAUCGGUGCCAACCCACGCAAUAAUCUACAUCUCGAAUCCACAUAUGCAGCCAUUGAGAUGCAGAUCCCAGGCACGGGUCAAUGGCAGCGGGUGCGCGAUGAUAGUGAUUGGAGUUUGAUUUUUGAGUGGAAGAAAAUCAGCGAGAUAUUGGGGACUAGUGAAGUUACCAUUACAUGGGAGGUAGAGGACUGGGCGCAAGAUGGAAGGUAUAGGAUAAGAUAUUUUGGGGAUUCGAAGGUGGUGGAUGGGACAAUUACGCCAUUUGAGGGAGUUAGUGGGGAGUUUGAACUUGUGAGGUAA